AUGGCAGCGUCGUCCGAUUUUUAUGUAUCGGAUAACAAUUAUUGGCUACGACCGAGGAAGAAAUCCAGUUGACAUCCGGGCGCGGGCAGUUAGGAGGGACAGUGAGUACUGAACACGUGGUCCGUUGAGGGAGCAGCUAGUCUAGUUUACUACUAGGUGCGUGUGUCGACUAGCUACACCCCUGGCGCACGUGCGUACGUGUAUUUCCUCGAGUCGUCGCGAACGGUGCACGUGUGAGUGACAAAUCGCGAGUGAAAGUGCUGGAGACUAGUGACUUUUUUUCGUGCCGUCACGCGUUCCUCACAGGCUUCCUGUAUUUUCAUUCGCGAAACCUGUCUUGACAGUUAAAACUUGACGUUUCGGAACGUCUGUGUCGAUACAAUCACGUUCGUCCAGUGUUUACCAUGUAUCUUUACCUUAUGGUUAAUUAAAUCAAUGAAGUAUACGUAUGGUAAACAAAAAUUCGAUCUUUCUAAUGGUUACGGAGAAUUAUUACGAUUCGUUCGAUGUGAAUUAAUGCGUGGUUAAAAACCUUCAGUAAAUACGAAUACGAAUACGAAUACGAAUGCUGUGGCGCCACCUGCACGCUACGUCCCUGACAAGGGUCGUCUGUUGACUCUGGUGGUGUUUAUUCGCGCUUGCCUCUUCUCUCUCUCUCUCUCUCUCUCUCACUUGCACCGAGUCAUUUGUGUUUGGACGAUCGUGAAUUUUUUUGCAAUGUGACGAGAAAAUGAAUGAAGAUUAGCGUGAUGUCGGACCUGUGCACGCGCCUAACAGUGGGUGCGCGCCUGGAUCUCGACUCGAAACUUGGUGGAACGUCUUGAAACAGGUCGAAAAUCAGCAUGAAAAUGCCGGCAACGCGACCGUACAGGUGCCCAUUGUUAUUCACAGCUUUCACAGUUUUCGAUGAGACGGUGCAUCGACAGACUGCGAAUCCGGACUCCUGAAAAGUAUCGUGAAUCGUGCUUCGUGCGCUUUAAGUCCCCUCGCCGUCGGUGGGACUCGCGAAACGCGUUCUAACCGCACUAUAGGUUAGGUUACCGGCACAUAACCUUAAUUCAAUUCUAAGGAAAACUCGAGUUGUUACACAUGCAGGAAUUGAAACGUGACCUUCUUGUGAUCUCAUUUAAUUGAGAGUUAAACGUAUCUAGGAAGAUUGACCUUUUCUUUGCCAAGUGCUGAUUCCUACAUUGUGGGUGAUCGGUGCAAUGGAAUGAUCUGGGUGACUAUAGGACAAUGAAGGCCAAUGGGACAAACAAUGGCUGUAGCCGCCUAAACACGCCAUUGGCAGCCACUACCACGCUGGAGGAUCCGGGAACACCAGCCUCUUGGAAGGGCCCGCCGCCCGGCUCGGAGGCAUCGCCUUUUACACCCAACUCCGUUGGCCAGGGUGGUGGCCCUGGCUCCGGUCCUUACAACAGUACAGGUGGUCCACCGAGCAAUGCGGCCUUCCAGGGUCCGAGUCCUUUCCCCGGUGGUGCUGGUAGUCCAGCAGGGGCACCACCCUAUCAAGGUCCUCCUCCCGGUUCCGCGACUCCUCAAUAUACUGCCUCGCCAGCGCCUAGUGGUUCCUCGACACCUGGUCCCGGACCACCGCCGAAUUCGUCGGGCUUCCCUCCGCCGCCGAAUAAUUCCGGCCCACCGUAUAAUGGGCCCGGACCGAGCCCGUUCGGUUCGCCAUCUGGCGGGCCACCGCAGUUCGUCGGUCGACCCGGUUCCUCAGGACCGCCGUUUGUACCUCCGGGAGCAGGGAAUCCUCAUUUUCCUUCGCAUGGUCAACCGUUUGGAGGUCCCCAGUACGGUAUGCCACCUGGAAGCCCAUUCGGACCAGGUCAUCCGAUGACAGGACCUAUUGGGCCUGGACAUCCAGCAAUGAUGGGUCCUGGGGGUCCCGUCGACAGGAUAGAGCAAGGAUCGUUGCCUGUCCCCAGGAGGCAUACUCCGUACUUUGGCCAGCCGGACUACAGGCUCUACGAGUUGAACAAGAGGUUACAGCAGCGUACAGAGGAGAGCGACAAUCUCUGGUGGGACGCGUUCGCGACUGAAUUCUUCGAGGACGACGCAACCUUAACCCUCACGUUUUGCUUGGAGGACGGUCCCAAGAGAUACACGAUAGGUAGGACGUUAAUACCUAGGUACUUCCGUUCGAUAUUCGAGGGCGGAGUAACGGAACUUUACUACAAUUUGAAACACCCGAAGGAGUCAUUUCACAAUACCAGCAUAACCCUCGACUGUGAUAACUGCGUUAUGGUAACACAUCACGGAAAACCAAUGUUCACGAAGGUAUGUACGGAGGGUAGAUUAAUAUUGGAAUUCACGUUUGACGACCUUAUGAGGAUAAAGUCGUGGCACAUGUCGGUGAGAACGCACAAGGAACUCGUGCCUAGGACUGUGGUCGGUAUGCAACAGGAUCCGACGAUGCUCGAACAGCUUAGCAAGAACAUCACCAGGCAGGGCAUCACCAAUUCCACCCUGAAUUACCUUAGGUUAUGUGUGAUCUUGGAGCCGAUGCAAGAGCUGAUGUCGAGGCACAAGGCGUACGCGUUGUCACCGCGAGACUGCUUGAAGACGACCUUGUUCCAGAAAUGGCAGAGGACGUUUGCCCCGCCGGGUAAGAGAGAAUCGCAGAGGCCGGCCAGUAAACGGAGAAAGCGAAAGGGUAGCACACCGGGGCCAGGAAAUAACGCACCGCCUGCGCCCAGCAAAAAGAGAUCGCCGGGACCUAAUUUUUCUCUGGCGUCACAGGACGUGAUGGUUGUGGGUGAACCGUCGCUGAUGGGAGGGGACUUUGGCGAGGAGGACGAACGAGUAAUCACGAGGUUGGAGAACACGCAGUACGACGCUACGAACAGUUUGGACCCUCAUAGUCACGACACGCCGGGUGGACCACCUCCGCAUCCUCAUCAAUUCCAUUCGGAACCGACCCCGGGUAAUUCUUGGCCUCCGGAUCGCGGUCCUGGACCGCCACAAGGAGGACCCGGUAGUCAGGGAGUUCAAGGCGGACAAGGCGGAGGAGCAGCAGGUGUACAGGGAACGCAGGACGCCAAUCAACAGCAACAAGACAAGAAAAGCCCCGCGGUGAGCCAGUGAGGCCAGGAGUCCCCGCGCCCCCCCACCAG